AUGAAAGAGAUUUACUAAAUGACUAUCAAAGAAGGAUCAAUGAGUCCAUUUAAAAGCAACAUAGCUACACCUUUGGGUAAAACAAUUGAAAAAGAUCAUGAAAACAGAUAACAUACAAUAACUUAAGGAGAUGAAUAUGAAUAAAAUGGAACUUUGAAGUAAAAUUUGUUCAAUAACAGAUUGAUGAUGGAUUUUGCUUUUAAUAGUGAGCAAAAGAAUAAUAGCCAUCUCGAUAGUGUUUUAAUGGCGAAUAACUCAAACUUAAAUACUUUUAAUAUUGAACAAUAUGCAAGUGGAGUUGUUCCUGGAAGUACUAAGCCUAACAGAGAUUUGCUAGAUUUUUAUCAAGCAAAUUAAUCUUAGAGAACUGAUUAGUUAUUAUAGAGAAAUAGCUCUUCAAAGAAUAUGUAUGGAACAGGGACUUCAAAUCUCACUGAAAAAAUGAAUGAAUCUAAAUAAUAUACCUAUAACUAUCAGCCAAAUUAAGUAUCAAACUUUUAAUAUCAGCAUCACAGCCUAAAACCCUUAUAUCGAGAUCUCAAUAGCACAACUUAAUUAGGUGAAAAUCUGAGUUAAGAUACUUUGCCUGGGCUAUCACCCUUUAAGUAAAACUUUAGUGCAGGAAAUAUUAUGUUCAAAGAAGAAACAUAUGAUAAGAAUAAUAAAUAGCAACAUGGUUAGCUUGAUAAUAGAGAUCUUGAAAAAGAAAAUUACCUAUCUCAGACUAUGCAAAAUAUAACCUAAACUGACAAUGGAGAUUCUUUUACAUAGGAUUUUUACCCAGCAAAACAAACUAGCAAAUAAUCUAAAGAAAACAAAGCCCCUAAAUAAACUUCUAACAGAUAAAAAUAGCUUAAGCCUGAGAAAAGUUAAAAGAGUAAUAUCAACGAUCAAAAUUACAUCUCAAACAGAUCAUCAAGACCACCAGCUAAAAAUUAAAGUAGUAUAAAAGAUAAGAAAACAUUAAAUAAGAAAAGUUCAUUCGUUAGCAAGGAUCAAUAAAGCAGUAGGCAAGAAAAAGUUAGUGAAUAAAAAUGCUGUAAUGAUAGAGAAUAAAAAGAGCAGAAAUUCAAUCAAAAAAACUCAUAGCAACGAAAGCAUUCACGUUACCAAGCUAUCAACUAAACUCAGAAAGGUAGUAAUACUUCAUUCAAUAAGAACUAUCAAGAUAAGAAAGAUACUCAUAGAAAUUCAAUUCAAAAAAGAGGUGAUAAGGAUCACUAGUCUCAAAGCAAAUCUAAGAGCCGAUAAAGAAGCAGAAGUUUUGAUUUCUCGCGCAGUUUGGAUAACAAGUAAAAUAAUGCCUUUAAAAAUGCUACGAAAGUACUGAAUCAAAACUUUAAGAGUAAUUCAUCUGUGACUAAGCUCAAGUACAGCGCCUCUAGAGAAAAGAAAAGCUAAGAAAGAGAUGAGUUCAUCAGAAAAAUUUACUAAAACAAUAACCGAAAUGCUUCUUUAAAUGAUAAGCAAAAACAGCAUUUGAGAUAGUUAAGCAGUGAAAAGGAAUGCAGACCAAGAUCUAUUACAAAUUAAAGUAAUAGUCACAGCUAAUCAAAGAUAAGAAGAGCUGAUUCUGCUAAAAGAAGUGCAAGGGAUGGGAAUAGAAUGAGCAGAGGAGCCAGUUUUGACACAAAAAAUUAGAAUCAUGGUCAGAACAACGGAACUAGAAAUAAGUAAAACAACUCAAUGAUAAUGGCUAUAAGUCAGAGCAAGAGUAAAAAGCAAAAUGAGGACCUUGAAACUCAUGAUCAUUAAAUGAUGAUUGGAGGUGUUCUUGGGAAUAUUGAAAAACUCCUCCAGCUGCUUAAAGACCAUUGCAAAGUAUGUCCUUAGUUUGCUCUAGAGUUUGAGAAAUUAAAUAUAUGA